UAUCAUUUCAGAGUAAAAGAUAGAGAAAGAAGAAGAACAAAAACAAUUUUUGAAUCACCUUCCAGAUCCCAGCAAAUCUUUUCAAUCUCUCCAAUUUACCCUUAAAUAAACAAUGGGUUCUCCAGAGUUGCCCAGUGAUGCUGGUGAAGAGGACUUACGUACAACACACAUUGUACAUCAUCCUCCGGCGCCCAGUGAUGAUAGUGACAAUGAAUCUGUAAAUGAUUAUGAUGGUUAUCAGCCACUGGCGAUGGAUGAACAUCAUCAGGGCUAUGUACAAAAUGGAUUCGACGACGAUGAUGAUGAGGAGGAAGAUGCCACGACUAAUGAUGAUAAUAAUCAUGAUUUCAAUACAAUACGACCACAACAACCUACAUUGGCGGAGGACAAUGCUGAGGUGGAUGAGGUAACAUAUGGCGAUCCAAAUCUACCACCCGUUGAAAGUAUAGAUGCCGAAGUGGAGCGUGAAGUUUGGAGUCAACCAAGACCCCAGGAGCUGCAAAUCGAAUUGGAUAGCAAUAAGACACAGCAGAUUUUAAGCGCCAUGGCAAAUUUCUCUUUACCCAAUAUGGCUGUACCAUCCUGGGCCGAUGGUGUCCCUGAAGAACGUUGGAAAGAGGAGUUAUUGGAACGUAUACGACAAAGAAAACCAGCCUCUAAUGACAGUGAAAGGGAAACAGAUAACCAAACUGAAUAGAUUUAUAAGCAGAAUAUACCAAUUCCAGUUUUGCAAGACAUUUGCAUGAACACUAUCUUAGAAUCUAACAAAUAGUUAGUUAAUCAAAUAUGUAAGCAAUUAAUUACGUUAUUUCCCCAUCAAUCAACUUUUAUCAGUUGUUCAUCCAUAAUUUUUGUUGAAAUUAAUAAUACUUCAACUCAAAUCAUUUGGCUUAACAUCUAAAAAUAUAUCGCAUAUUUUUGAAUGAAUACAACUUACAUUCGCCGAAUAAUGUUAGAGAAAAA